AUGGCCGAUGAAAAGAAACAGAACCCAUUCGAGGCCAUGGGCCCAUCUGCUUCAGAGGAAGCAGACCACCCUCCAGCAUAUACAGCCCCAGUACCCUCAAGACAACCAGAACAAGAACAAGCACCCUCAACGCCAAUCCAAGAAACAAGACCAGGAUCAUCAUCAACCCACAAACCAAUCGCAAUCCCAGCCAUAAACUCCUCCUUCGACUCCCCCUUCAUUCGCGCCUACGCGCCAAUCCUCAAAUCCCACAACCUCCCCAAGGAAUCCUUCCUGGCCUUCCUCGACCAACUGAACAAAGACAUCUCUAGCAGCCCACCCCUCCAAGUCCUAGACGCAACAGGCGGGAUCUUAAACUCUGUCCCGAUCCUCUUCCCCCUGCACUGGAUCGGGUCUGUAGUUAGUGGACUCGCCAAUCUGGGUAGCCAGGGUGUUUCCAAGAGCCGCACGGACUCGGCUAUCAAGACAGCCAACAGGGACAUUUUCGGUCCGCGCGGGUUGAAGGUUGAAAUUGCCAAGUUGGAUGCUUUGGCCCAUCUUGCCGGCAUUCCUAUUUUGGAUUCCCAGGGCAAGGUUAAUCGUCAGGCGCGGCUUUUAUUGCAGCUUCAGAACGAUGCUGUUCUUGGUCAUGGUGAUAGGACUCAGGAUCAGGAGGUUGAUGUGUGUCAGCGACGGAUUCAGACUUUGAGUCCUUGGAUUGCCGAGCUUGAGUUUGAUAUCUUGCCUUGGUCUUCUAAGUCUAGGUUAGCGCGGUUUAAUGCUGCGUUGAAGAAGAGGAAUAAUGCUAGGGAUCCGGAGGAAGAUUUUGGGCGGAGGCGGAGGGAUAGGAAGGAUUUUGUUUCGACUGAGGGAGAGACAGAAGAUGAAGUGCGGUUUCGGAAGGGGUUGUGGCUUGUUAUUCGAGAUGCUGAUGUGGAAAGUGCUUGA